GUUUUGCCCCAAUCCAUGUUUCAAGACGACUUGGACGACUCGGCGUUUGACGCUGAACUGAACAACGACGUGCGGCGACUAAAACAGAGCUGGCUGAACGAGAAGAACGCGCCUGAGAUUCUACAAUUCGAGUCCGAGCUCGUCAAGGAUCUAACUGACAAUGUCCAGACCCAGAUUCGACAAUUGUCUGAAAUUCAAUCGUCGGACGUCAUGACCGCGUUUGCAAACAACCUCAAGCGGAUGGAGUACGACCGACUGCUUUUUGUCAUUCGCAGCUAUCUGCGCACCCGGCUGACCAAGAUCCAACGACAUGCCAUGUACAUUCUCAGCUCGGCUGAGAUGCGCCAGCGAUUAUCCCCAGAGGAGCUAAGAUUUACCCAUUCCUAUGUCACGCUUUCGGAACAACACUACUCGAAUUCGUGCUUGCACGACUUUCCUGAAAUGAUUCAACGGCUGGAUGAGAAGGGCAUGAUUCCAGAACCAGAUCUGCAAACCCAUGUCUUUUGCAAAGUUAUGGAGGAUGUUGGCGACGUUGAAAUCGAGCGUGCGGAUGUUUCCGGUGUCAAUUCCGUCACCUUGCUCAAAGGCGAUCAAUUCCUGUUGCGCUAUGAGCCUAUAAGGCCGCUGGUUGCAAACGGGUCGGUUGUUUUGCUUUAAUGCUUGUAGCGAUGCUUUGAAUGAAACGCAGCAUUGAUGUAAUUUUCAAUCGAUGUGCUGAGAAUAAUAAAAGACACAAUGUACAUGUAC